GCCCUUUCACGCAUAUACUGACCGUGUAUUCACCACCAGAGGAUUUUGCUUUAUUGGAAGCGGGAUUUGCCAUCAUCCGGAUCAUUCAGUCGUAUCCUGAGUUUACAGUGCCGGCAGAUGAAAAAGAAUUUAAGCUUGGUGAUGAAGGACAGCACCUAACAUUGGUGGUAUAUCCUGAAAAGGGGUGUCGCAUAGUCUUACCACCACAAAGAUGAAUAAAUGCAUUAAAUUCUGACUACCCAUCACAUAAGUGGUAUAUUCGCAGCCAAGAGAAACGUCAUGCACAUCAUUGCCGAAUGGGUCACCACGUGCUUUCCAAAACAAUGGGACCAGGACAGCUUCAAUGUAAUCACCUACCCCGCCUCCUCAUUCAAUGACGAUAUGAAGCUCUUGUGGUAUCUUUGCACUCUCAACAUCCAAUAAGCUACUUCGAAAAUCUACAUACCAGAAUCUCUGACUCCUCUCAUACUCCUGAAAUGACGACAACAAACACCGCUGGAAACCCACACCUAACCCGUGCCUAUGCCGUCACCUCGCCAGAAGAAAACAAAGCUCUUUACGAAGAUUGGGCCGCCACAUACAACGCCGACGUACUCGACGCCUCACAAGAAUAUGUCGCGCCCGCCCUCGCCGUGCAAGCCGUGGUAUCCGCAGGCGGCAACACAGCAGGCACGAUCCUCGACGCCGGCUGCGGCACCGGCUUCGUUGGCAUCGCGCUCUCGCAAGCCGGCGCAAAAACCAUCGACGGCCUGGAUCUCUCGCCCAGCAUGCUGAAGAUCGCACGGGAACUGGGCGUGUACAGGGCCUUGGACACGGCAGAUCUGAGUAAGAAGAUUGAGAAGGAGAGUCAUGCGUAUGAUGUGGUCACGUGCGUGGGCACGCUGACGCAUGGUCAUGUUGGUCCAGACCCGGCGCUGAAGGAGUUUGUGAGAGUGGCGAAGAAAGGGGGUGUGGUAGUUGCGACUGUGCUGGACGAUAUUUGGGUUUCGGGUGGGUAUAAAAAGGAGGUGGAGAGAUUGGCAGAGAGGGAGGUCGAGGUAGUAGGGACGGAGAAGGUGGAUUAUCGGAAGGGGGCGAAUGUGAGUUGUCGGAUGGUGGUGAUGAAGAAGAGGUGAUGGAUGCGUGUAGUACAGGUCAAUAAAGCGGUAAUGAGCGAUUUGCGAGUUCAUAUCACUCUCUCCUCCUAUUCACCCUCUCACCCACCCGCUAAGCCCGAUGAUUUUCUCGGCCAUAAGUAUCGUGCCCAGUAUAAUUACAAUUGAACUGCACUCA